GGGCUCAAUCGAGUUGGCUGCGCGUGAAUCUCUAUAUCGUUCUUCCCUUCAAAAUAUUUACAUGGACCCUUUUACCCUUGUGUAAUUAACAAGAUAAAAAUGCAUGAAGCAAUAUCUUUCAUAUUCCCUUACGUGGUAAGUUGGAAAGCCCUCUCCCAUAUAAACUUGGUAUCAAGAUAUAUGCUCCUCAUUCCAAACCCAGCACCCGCAUACAAAUUCAUCGGAGUUGAAAGUUUUCUCAUCAUUUUUUGCAGGUCAGAUAAUCCAGAUGGACGAGAUUAACCCACCUCGGUCGUCACGUAAACGCGGGACGUCAUCCGAUCAUCAGGGCGACACAUCCUCAGCUGCAGGACACACAACCCCAAGGAAGAGCCGGUACGCCGUGGAUGACGCGGGGGACCGGAUCGAGUGCUCUGGCAAGUAUUGCAAGUCAUGCAGCGGCGCUUUGAUAGCCGACUGCGUGGCACUCUGCUGCUGCCCCUGCGCUUUGCUGAAUCUUCUCACUCUUGCCUUCGUUAAAGUGCCCUGGAUGGUGGGCAGGAAGUGUUUGGGACUGGGGAAAUCCAAGGGGCAAAAGCGUAAAAGCAAGAGAAAAUGCAGCAGUAUUGAUGAUGAUGAUGAUGAUGAUCACCAUCGUCAGUGUGAGGUGGAGAGAGAAGAAGAGGAAAGAAUGCCAGAAAUUUCAUCAGAGCAAAUGGAGUGUGUGAGUGCCAGGCUGGAGGCAGAGAGGGUUUGGUUAGAAUUGUACCAGAUUGGUCAUCUGGGUUUUGGUAGGGUGUCUUUCAGUGGUAUGCAAUCUCUGGGUAAGGCCAAUUAGGGAAGAUAAUU